AUGUCCAAAGAUAAACGGGGAAAGCAUGCUAAAACACCACAGUCUGAUCGAGAACUAAUGAAAAAACAUGUGGAAUCAUUUGGCCCCACCAUUUCACAUUAUCAAAGGGCACAUGCUCCAAACAAAAAGUAUUUACCGAGUGAUAUUACCAUCAUUGAUAUGCAUAAGGACUUUAUCGCAAAAAUCCCGGGAAUAAAGUGUUCAUAUUAUACCGAAACGUUUGAGGCUUGUCUGUCAGAAUCCCGUUUGAAAAAUGGCGGACGCGUCGGGUGUCAAUCAGCGCUGGCGAAAAACGCACGUCCUCCAUGCGGAUCGCAGCUUAUUGAAGAGGUGGCGGAUCGGUCGCCGCCGUCGCACAAGGGUGCGGGAGUUGAACCAGGGGAAAAUGGGGAACUGGGGAGCGGUAAUCUGCUAAUGGGAGCGGUGGGUCCGUUCGUCCGUUUGCGAUCCGCGCUAUGA